GUUGAUAAUGGCUAACAUGAACACCCCCGCAAAAAGCGCAAAACGGGCUCUACAAAGUGAGCCCGGGAAAGAAGAAAAUAGAAAAUCCAAAAGAACCCGCUUCGUCGGGCAACACCUCGCAACUUGCAGCCUACCAAAGAAUCCCCUCGCUAUCUUACCUUGGCUCUUUUAUAACACUUGCUCAGCCGCAGACCCGGCACUUGCUCGACACUUGCUCGACACUCUAACGCCACCCCUCCUAGCAUAGCCAGACAGCGAAGCCCCGCUAGCCAACAGGAUUGGUUGCCGCGCCGAAAAUGGCAACGCCCGAGCAGAAGGAGAAGGCGACGGCCCUCAAGAACGACGGCAACAAGGCCUUUGCCGCCCACGACUGGCUCAAGGCUGCCGAGCUUUACACCAAGGCCAUCGAGCUCAACCCCGACGAGCCAACAUAUUAUUCCAACAGGGCACAGGCAUAUCUCAAGUCCGAAGCAUACGGCUACGCCAUCGCCGAUGCGACCAAGGCUAUCGAGCUGAACCCAGCCUUUGUGAAGGCUUACUACCGCCGUGCCGUUGCGUACACGGCUAUACUGCGCCCUCGAGACGCCGUCAAGGACUUCAAGUCAUGCGUCAAGAUCGAGCCGGGCAACAAAGAUGCCAAGCUCAAGCUUGUUGAGAGCCAGAAGGUCGUGCGCCAGCUCGACUUUUAUGCCGCCAUCGAGGUCGGCGACGAGCCGUCAGCCGCAGAGGGUCUGGACGUCGACUCAAUAGCGGUCGAGCCCGACUAUGACGGCGUCAAGCUCGGCGACACCAUGACCCAGGAGUUUAUCGACGACAUGACGGAGCGCUUCAAGAACGGCAAGAAGAUCCACAAGAAAUAUGUCUACCAGAUCGUCAUAGCCGUCCGGAAGCUCGUGCACGCCGAGCCAACCAUGGUCGAGGUUGAGGUUCCCGACGACGUUACUCUGACGGUCUGCGGCGACACACAUGGCCAAUACUUUGAUCUCAUGGAGCUUUUCCGCCUCAACGGCGUGCCUUCGGAUAAGCACUGGUACCUGUUCAAUGGCGACUUUGUCGACAGGGGCUCGUGGUCGACUGAGAUCGCGCUUUUGCUGUACGCGAACAAGUGGCUGCGCCCGAACGCUUUCUUCCUAAACAGGGGCAACCACGAGACGGACGACAUGAACCGCGCUUACGGCUUCGAGGGAGAGUGCAAGGCCAAGUACAACGAGAGGACAUUCAAGCUCUUCUCUGAAAGCUUCUCUGCUCUGCCGCUGGCCACCUUGAUUGGAAAGAAGUACUUCGUGCUCCACGGUGGUCUCUUCUCGGACGACAACAUCACCCUGGACGACAUCCGUAAACUCGACCGGCACAAGCAGCGACAGCCGGGCCAGGCUGGUCUGAUGAUGGAAAUGUUGUGGACCGACCCGCAAACGGAGCCUGGCAGGGGCCCGAGCAAGCGUGGUGUUGGGAUGCAGUUCGGACCCGACGUCACAGCGAGGUUCUGUGAAAAGAACGGCCUGGAGGCCAUCAUCCGAAGCCACGAGGUUCGCAUGGAGGGCUAUGAGGAGGAGCACAACGGAAAGUGCAUCACUGUAUUUUCGGCACCCAAGUACUGCGACAUGACGGAGAACAGGGGAGCGUACAUCAACAUUGGCUCGGAUUACAAGCUCCAGUUCCACAAGUUCGAUGCAGUCCCGCAUCCGAACAUCAGGCCCAUGGCUUAUGCCCAGAACUCGCUCAUGUCCUCGUUAAUGUGAGAGGGGUAGGGGUAGGAUGGAAAUGGCGCAGUUUGUUGAUGGGAUGGAUAUAUCGCUCGCAUAUAGACUAAUCUGGCGGCCAAGCUUCAGAUUGGGCGGAGCAGCCUACCUAGCUAUUGGUGGCGCUCGAGGGCCAUUGGCUGCUCGGAGGCUCGGGAGCUGGGGUUGGGAAGCGUUUGUAGUGCAGCAUCCUCGGAUGAUUAAGAAGUCAGCUGGAAUAACUUCUUUGUGACCAAUAA